UUUUUAGUUUUCUAUGAUUUAGGCUGCUGCUAUUAUGUCAGAAUCAAGAUAUGCAAUUGUUAUAGUUGAUAGUGCUACAGCUUGCUACAGAACUGAUUAUUCUGGUCGGGGUGAACUGUCAGCUCGCCAGAUGCACUUGGCUCAAUUUAUGCGACAAUUGCUCAAAAUCAGCGACGAAUUUGGUGUCGCCGUCGUCGUUACAAAUCAGGUUGUUGCUCAAGUAGACGGUGCCGCUAUGUUUAAUGCAGAUCCAAAGAAACCUAUUGGUGGAAAUAUUAUGGCGCAUGCAUCCACUACCAGAUUAUAUUUGAGAAAGGGUCGAGGAGAGACUAGAAUAUGUAAGAUCUACGCCAGUCCUUGUCUACCCGAAGGAGAGGCAACAUUUGCCAUCAAUGCUGACGGAAUUGGAGAUGCUAAGGACUAAUCGGUCAAUUCGUCAAUUCUUUUUAUAUUUUUCCAGAGAAGA